GAUCUUUGGUUUGGCCUAUUGAGUAUCAGGUUUGUGACCUCUCACCUUUACCCCGAUGAGAGCUGACGUCCGCCAUUUUGUUUUGCGUCUCGUCUUGAGUUUGCAUAUUCUCCAAACUGACGCGAUUUUUACCGAUUUGUAGGAGUUUUGGAGACCGGUUUUCACCGUAGACCUACAGAGAUGGCGGAGUUCACACGUGUGCCUGCUGUUAAGGAACUUAAUGCGGAACAAACUGCGAACGAGACGCACAUCAAAGAGGAGCCGACAGGAGACACUGGAUGGCAACAGGAUGGACAAGAGAACGUGCUGUGCCAGGAAACGUACAGUGAGGACCAGGAAACCUACAAAUACCACAAUGAAACCAAACUAACUGGGUGUCCUUGGAACAAGACUUACAACAGUUGGGAGCAGACAACAGACACGGGACGGCAGCAGGACGAGGAAACGACCGUUCCAAAUGACGAAACGUGCGGCGGUGUAAGAGCAGAAAUUAAAGAGUCCAGUUGUGGAUUUUUUAGUGUCGGAGAACAUCCUGGGAAGGACAUGGAGCAUUCUGGACAACCUGGGAAGGAGAGUGACAGCAGGGAGACUCAGACAACAGACAUGGGCCUGCAGCAGGAAACGUGUGAUGUGAACUUUCCCCAACCUGACAACACAUCAACCUCACAGGUACAGGAGAGCACAGGCAGUAUGGUAAGACACGUGGUUAAAAACACUGGUGACAAAACCUACAUGUGUGGGGAGUGCGGAUACAGGACAGAUAGAAAGUCUUACUUAUCCAAACACAUGAGAAUUCAUACAGGAAGAGAAACCAUACAAGUGUGACCAGUGUGACUAUUCUGCUGCAGGGAAAUCUGCUCUGAA